AUGUCUAAUAUCAACCAACCACCUAUUGCAGCGUCUUCGAAAGCCUCUGCCUCCUCUGGGCCCGCGUCCCCAGCACAGAAUCAGCCCACAUCCAUCACCACCGGUCCCUUCUUCGGCCAACAGCGGGGUAGCGCUGGAACCGCUGCGUCGACUCGAUCUUCGCCCGCGCCACGGAACAACCAGCAGAGCAAGAAGCAGCACAAAGGCUCGAAGCGCUUCAGACAGACGGAUGAGGAUGCCCUUGUCGAGAUGCACAACUUCACCAACCGGAAAGGGCAAACCUCAAUCACCCAUCUUAUGAACUUUAGCCUCCCACCUCGCCCGCAGAACCACCAAUCACAUGGAAGAAACUACCGGCGCAAUCCGACAUGGGGUCUAGGUUCGGGUUACCACGCAGUAGACAAAGCGAGAUACGUGCAUGCGAACUACCGCUUCAUUGUAGAUCCGCGCCGCGACUAUCGCGCCCAGAGCGUCGACGCCGAUAUUCACCUGGACUGGAACAAUGUCCUGCAGAUCCUGGCCUCGGAGGUUUCACAGGAGGCAUCAUGUCCGAUCUGCCUCGGGACUCCGGUAGCCCCGAGGAUGGCUAGAUGCGGUCACAUUUUCUGCCUUCCCUGCCUCAUCCGCUACAUGCAGUCCGAGGACGAAGGCAAGGCACCCGAGAAGAGGGCACGAUCCAAGAAGUGCCCGUUGUGCUUCGACACUAUAUACGCAUCCGAAACCCGGCCGGUGCGCUGGUAUCAAGGACAGGAAAGCGAGCCGCCACGGGAGGGGAGCGAUGUGGUGCUCCGCUUGCUGGUGAGACCGGCUGGUAGUACGCUAGCCAUGCCGCGCGACGGCGCCGAUGCUUUGGGCAGAGAUGAAGAUAUACCCUGGCACCACGCUGCCGAAAUCAUGGAUUACGCUCGUGUUAUGCGAGGUGGAGAGGACUACAUGCUGGAGCAGUUUGAGGAGGAGAUAAAGAAACUAGACCAGCAAGGGAAGGAGGACGAAGUCAUGUUUGGCGAAGAUAACAUGGAAUGGACGAGGAAAGCGAUACGAAGUAUUCGAGAAUCAAAAGAGAAGAUGAAAGGAAUCGGGAACCCUCCGGACGAGCCAGUCAAACCGGCGGAACCCAAAAUGAAAAGGGCCCCAAUUGUCUUCGACGAAGAGCCAGGAGCUGCGCCAGAAAUGUAUAAGAUCCAGAAUGCGUCCAAAUCAGGGCAGGACUCUCUAGCGACACCAGUACCCCCCGAAUCUGCUUCCGAUGAAACGAAACAACAGAGAACCAUGUCCGUCUCCUCCCACACUUCGAAAGCAGGUCAUGGAAUCGCCUCUACCCUUGCCGAGAUUCGCAAUCGACAACAUCACGACCACACCCAUACGCCCUCUGAAUAUUUCUUUUACCAAGCGCUGCUGCAUUACUAUUUAUCGCCAUUAGACAUCCGCAUUUUGAAAGCUGCAUUCGGCAAUUAUGCGAACCUUCCUUCCACAAUCCUGCCACGCGUCGAGCGUGUCUCUACGGGACAUGUCGUUGACGAUGAGUUGCGAAAAAGGACGAAGUACCUAGCGCAUCUGCCAUAUGGAUGUGAGGUUAGCUUUCUAGAGUGCGAUUGGACUGAUACUGUUGCGCCAGAGGUUCUGGAGAGUUUCAAGCCGGAGAUCGAGAAGAGACGGAAAAGGCAUACAGACAAGGAAACAAGGGAGGAAAAGGCACGUUUGCGGGCCGAGAAAGCAGAGUACGCUGAGUUCUCCUCUGCGCGGAGGAAACGCCCAAGUAUAUCAGAACGAUUCUCUGCAGCCGACUUCCAGCCCUUGGCAUCAGGUAGCGCAUCCGAUGCGCAACCUGUGGAAGGAGACAACACUUCGUCAUCACCACCUUGGCCGACGCGACGAGGCGAGGGCUUCGCGUCUUUGGCUUCCCCUUCGACGAGUCCUUCAGCACCACGGACUGUGUGGGGCACAGCUGCAAUAGCAGGGGCCUCCCCCAUUCUAGCGCCUCAAGAUCAUCACGAUAUGGACGAUGGCUGGCUCCAGGGCUGGGAGAAGGAUCUGCUUCAGGAAGAAGAGAUGUUGGCACAGGCGCAGGCCAUGUCGCUUGGUGAAGCGGAGGAGACGUCGAAGAAGCAGGCUGGCGGAAAAAAGAAGAAAAAUAAAAAGAUAACACUGAUGAGCACAAACGUCAGGAGAGGAGCAUGA